AUGGAGGACUGGAGGAGAAUCGACAUAGAUGCUUAUGAUCCGGAUAGGGGGCUUACUGAAGAAGACCUGAGACCGGCAGCUGCUCCGGUUACAUCCCAGGAAGUCUCGACGAAGGCCCAACAGGUACGCACACUCAGCGGCCGUGGAUCGUUCGGAGAUUCGUUGGCAUAUGCUCUCACGGAUCCUCCGUAUGGAGCUGAUGAAGGAUCCAAAGCACUUUACUUGUCUUCAGUGUUGGAGGCUCUUCAGGGAGUCAAGCAAUCUGAGAUCCCCGAGGUGGUGAAGUCUUUGGACCGUGACCAGCAGGAUGCGCUGAUCAAAGUUAUUUACAGAGGAAUGGAAACUAAGGAUGGGCAGAAGCAAGGUGGUUUACUUCUUUCGUGGUUCGACAAGACGAUUGAGGUGACUGGAAAUGGACCUAUCGUGAGGUAUAUGAGUGAUAAGCGGGUGCUGUAA